AUGGUGCGAGAAGAGGCAACGGUCCAACCGAAAGCGCCAACAAAGAAAAGAAAGACAAAAGACGAGGCUGAGAAGCCAAAAGUCAAGCGAGCGGACGACAAGCCGACAACGUCCAGAGCAGCGGCGGCAGCUAAUGAGUGGGCAAGGCGACACUUGUUCGUGGCUCUCAUUGACCGCAGUAACCCGCAGAUGGGACAGAUGUCGCAGGAGCGGUGGAAAGUAGUCGAAGUGAAGCUACUAGAAGCGCUCUUCUCGAGGAUGGACGCCGAACCUAGCGCACCAAUGCCAACUUUUGAUGGAGCGGGGUGGCUUGGUGGCGUCAAAAUCCUUAAAUGUAAGGACGACCCGUCGCUGACAUGGGUGAAGGAAGCAGUGAGAACGCUUGCAAACCUGUGGAAGGACUCAAAACUCGAGGUUGUGGAUCGGAGCAGCAUUCCGUCGGUUCCCAAAGCGAAGGUGGUGAUACCUCGCAUGGUAGACCCGGAACAUGCACUUCGACUGCUACAACGACAAAACCCGGACGUGCCGACCAGUGAUUGGAGAGUACUGAGAGUAGCUAAAACUGCAAACGCAGAUGGAGGUCCACUCUUAUGGACAUUAGUGGUUGUCGAUACUUUCGAUACGACGUCAGACUUUGUGUUAAAAAUUAUGUUUAGGAACAUAAACUAUUAUCGAAGCAAUAUCGCAUAG